UCUAGAAUAAUGGUGGGAUUAUGCAUGGGCGGGUAUAAAAAACAAGUUUUUCAAAAUUCACUUAUUUAUUAUUAAUUUAAAGUAAAAUUAUUUGGUGGGAUAUUCGUAAAAAAAAGUUUGAAAAAAAUUUAAUCACUGCUAUGACAGUUCACGGUACAAAAAAAAUAGUAUGAAUAUGGAAUCGUUUUGUUUUGGAGAUUAUGAAGGGAUCCAUCAAGCGUCGAAAUCGACCUCUAUUGUUAGGGGUGGAAAAGAUAUUGAAAAAGGGAUAUAUUCAAGCAGAAAAUUCAACAUCAACUACAGGUGAAACAGAGGAAAUAGCAAAAAUGUCUGUUAGAAAUUUAACAAACUCACAUUGGAAAGUGGUCAACAUUGUACGUGAUUUUGUGUAUUCUAAAGUAAAGACUCCAGAUUUCCCGUUAGAAUUAAAUAAAGAAUUGGCAGUGUUUUUGCAAAAAAUCAAACCAAGUAUUUAUGGUUCAAAAAUAAUACGUGAUUUUGGAUCAAAAGCAAUUACUCAAGAACCGAAUAAAAUCGAAAAUCAAACCAAAGUUCAGAAUAAAGUAGAAACGAUUACGAAAAAUGACAGUUAUAAAUUACAAAAUAUGUUUAACCAGCUUGGAUUUGGAAAUAGCAAAGAAACUAGUGGUAAAGAAGCCAAAAUAUCAACAGUUCCCAAUUGGAAACAGAAACAACAAAAUUUGAUAAUCUCAAAAUCGAGUAUAAGUUCUCGAACUAGUCAUAUUAUUACAAUGAUUGCUACGGCUGAAUCAGAGGAAUCUUUGUUAAAACGUAUUCAAGCUUUAUCAGAACAUUUAUCACAGUUUCCAGACGCUAAAAAUCAAGCAGUCAAAGGUGGUGCUAUACGGGUUUUAUUACGAAUACGUGAAAAUCGCAAAAGCGAAGCACUUCAAGCAACUAUUUGUGAAGCAUUUGCACGAUUAGGUCAUGUUGAUCCACCUUUAGGACGUGGUAUAAGAAUAUUAUCGAUUGAUGGAGGUGGAAUUCGUGGUUUAGUUGUAAUUGAUAUGUUGAAGAAAAUUGAAGAAUUGACUGGCAAGAAAAUUUAUGAAUUAUUUGAUUACGUAUGUGGAGUUAGUACGGGUGCUAUUUUGACGACAGCUAUAAUUGCAAAUAAAAGAAGUUUGGAAGAGUCCUCAAAGUAUUAUAAAGAAUUAAGUACACAAAUAUUUACACAAAAUGCUUUACUCGGUACAAGCAAUCUCGUAUUAAAACAAGCGUAUUACGAUACUGGACUUUGGGAGAAAAUGUUAAAAGAAUAUUUAGGAGAAGUUCCAUUUAUUAAGACUGCACAAGACCAACGAUGUCCGAAACUUUCAACGGUGUCUGCAGUUGUUAAUCAAUCACAAAUAUCUGCUUAUUUAUUCCGAAAUUACGCACUACCAUAUAGAGUGUGCUCUCAGUAUAUGGGAAGCAGUGAUUGUGCAGUAUGGCAAGCGGCCAGAGCAUCUGCUGCAGCUCCUACCUAUUUUGAAGAAUUCAUGUUAGAUGGAUUAUUACAUCAAGAUGGCGGUAUAAUGGUUAAUAAUCCAACUGCAAUUGCCAUUCAUGAGGCUAAACAAUUAUGGCCAGGUCAUCCAAUUCAAUGUGUCUUGUCCUUUGGAACUGGUCGAGCCUCACCUAUUGCUCACGAUAGUGAAGACAAUUCAACAGCAGCUAGUUCAUCGUGGAAAAAUAAAUUUCUUAAGAUUUUGGAUAGUGCCACAGACACAGAAGGUGUGCAUACUGUCUUAAGUGAUUUAUUAGAACCACACGUGUAUUAUCGUUUCAAUCCAUACUUAACCGAAUAUUUAAGUAUGGUAGAAAUACGUCCCGAAAAAUUAAAACAAAUGGAACAAGAUUGUGCAAUGUAUUUACGACGGAACGAAGAAAAAUUUGAAAAAGCUGCCAAACAGUUAACACUACAAAGAUUGCCUAGCCAGAAAUUAGCUGAUUGGGCACACAAACAACAGAUUAUUUUAGGUGUUAAGAGUGCAAUGUAAUUUUGUUGAAUUGUAAACAAAUUGUUUCCUUCUUUGUGGCAGCAACAACAACAAAACCGGGAAAUCUGAG